CAUGGCCGCUGUGGCCGUCCUCCGGAACGACUCUCUGCAGGCCUUCCUCCAGGACCGCACCCCCAGCGCCUCUCCGGACCUAGGCAAGCACUCGCCCCUGGCUCUGCUGGCCGCCACCUGUAGCCGGAUCGGCCAGCCUGGCACGGCUGCAGCCCCCGACUUCCUGCAGGUGCCCUACGACCCAGCUCUGGGCUCACCCUCCAGGCUUUUCCACCCUUGGACCGCCGAUAUGCCCGCUCACUCUCCAGGCGCCCUGCCUCCCCCGCACCCCAGCCUGGGGCUGACGCCACAAAAAACACACCUGCAGCCGUCCUUCGGGGCAGCUCACGAGCUCCCGCUCACGCCCCCCGCGGAUCCCUCGUACCCUUACGAGUUCUCGCCGGUCAAGAUGCUGCCCUCGAGCAUGGCGGCACUGCCUGCCAGCUGCGCGCCCGCCUACGUACCCUACGCCACCCAGGCCGCUCUGCCUCCGGGCUACUCCAACCUGCUGCCCCCGCCACCACCUCCGCCUCCACCGCCCACCUGCCGCCAGCUAUCCCCUGCACCAGCCCCGGACGACCUCCCCUGGUGGAGCAUCCCGCAAUCGGGUGCGGGGCCGGGAGGCUCUGGGGUUCCUGGAACUAGCCUCUCCAGCGCCUGUGCCGGGGCCCCCCACGCUCCCCGGUUCCCUGCCUCGGCUGCGGCUGCUGCAGCGGCUGCAGCUGCCCUGCAAAGGGGCCUAGUGUUGGGCCCGUCGGACUUCGCACAGUAUCAGAGCCAGAUCGCCGCGCUACUGCAGCAGACCAAGGCCCCCCUGGCGGCCACGGCCAGGAGGUGCCGCCGCUGCCGCUGCCCCAACUGCCAGGCGGCUGGCGGCGCCCCCGAGGCGGAGCCGGGCAAAAAGAAGCAACACGUGUGCCACGUGCCAGGCUGCGGCAAGGUGUAUGGCAAGACGUCGCACCUGAAGGCGCACCUGCGCUGGCACACGGGCGAGCGGCCCUUCGUGUGCAACUGGCUCUUCUGCGGCAAGAGCUUCACGCGCUCAGACGAGCUGCAGCGGCACCUGCGGACUCACACGGGCGAGAAACGCUUCGCCUGUCCCGAAUGCGGCAAACGCUUCAUGCGCAGCGACCACCUCGCCAAGCAUGUGAAGACGCACCAAAAUAAGAAGCUCAAAGUUGCUGAGGCUGGGGUGAAGCGGGAGAACCCGCGGGACCUAUGA